AGAGAGGGAAGGAGAGAGGGAGCAGGAGACUGAGAGUGAGAGCCAGAGCCAGCGCCAGCGAGAUGCCGCAGCUUCCAGCGGGCGAUGAUCUGGGGGCUAGUGAUGAGAUGAUUUCCUUCAAGGACGAAGGCGAGCAGGAGGACAAGCGGCCGGGCAGUGUGUCCGCAGAUAGGGACCUCGCCGAUGUCAAGUCGUCUCUGGUCAACGAGAGCGAACAGACGGCGCCAGGCGGGGGCGGCGAGGGCAGCAGCAGCUCUCCGGAGACCGAGACUGAGCGCAGGCACACGCCGAGUUUUGGGGAGAAAGCUCGGGAUUACCAGCAGCACGGAGGCAAAAGGCAAGAUGGAGGGUUGUUCAAGGGAGCUGCUGCAGCUACCGCUGCUUAUCCGUUCAUCAUGAUCCCGGAGUUGUCUACUCCUUACCUCCCCAGCGGAUCGCUCACCCCCGGGGCCCGCACGUAUCUGCAGAUGAAGUGGCCCCUGUUGGACGUCCAGACUGCCAGCUGCCUCAAAGACUCACCAGCUCCCAUCCACCUCGCCAACAGGUUGCCUUUGGUGCAGCAUGCUCAUCACAUGCACCCUCUUACUCCCCUCAUCACCUACAGCAAUGAACAUUUUUCACCUGGGAACCCAACCCCACAUCUGUCCUCUGAACUCAACUCCAAGACUGGACUCUCUCGGGUUCCGUACCCUUCCGAACUGUCUCCGUACUACCCGCUGUCGCCAGGCACCGUGGGGCCGAUCGCUCACCCGCUGGGCUGGGUCAUGCCACCGCAAAGUCCACCGCUCUAUCCGAUUGCAGCAGGAAGCUUCCGGCCCACCUACCACACUGCACUGACCGUCAAUGCUUCAAUGUCCAGGUUUUCCCCUCACAUGGCUCCACCACCACAUUCCUCUCAUGCAACCGGAAUUCCUCAUCCAGCUAUAACAACAGCAGGGAUCAAACAGGAGCAGCUUCACAGUCAGCCCAGUCCCAGCGAAACCCCGAAGCCCCUGAUGGUGAAGAAGGAAGAUGAGAAGAGGAAGCCUCACAUCAAGAAGCCCCUGAAUGCCUUCAUGUUGUACAUGAAGGAGAUGCGGGCCAAAGUCGUGGCCGAAUGCACACUAAAGGAAAGUGCUGCCAUUAACCAGAUCCUUGGACGCAAGUGGCAUGCUUUGACAAGAGAGGAGCAGUCAAAAUAUUAUGAACUUGCAAGGAAGGAACGGCAACUCCACUCUCAGCUCUAUCCUGGGUGGUCAGCGCGAGACAAUUAUGGGAAGAGGAAGAAGAGGAAACGAGACAAGCAGCAGCCAGAGACAGACAAUCGAGAUCUGUCCCUACCAGUGUCCCGCCGGAAACUCAAGUGUGUACAGUACCUGCGGGCAGAUGGGAGUUGUGCCCCGCCUGUAUCUGCCACCGGCAGUGUCUUGGACUCACCGCCUUCGCCAUCCACUCUGCAGCUGCAGCCAGAUCCUCCGGUCUCUGAGCAGGCACAGCCCCUCUCACUCAGCACCAAGCUGACUGCCCUGUCCUCCUCCACCUCAGCCGCCACCAUUACAGAGAGUAGCUCCUCACCUGCCAGUGCACGACACCUCUCCUACACUGCCAUUCCCACUUUCAUGUUAACUCCUCCUUCUUCAGUGGAGGCAGCUUCGCAUUCCCAACAUGCUGUACCCGCUGUGCAGACACAGCCAUUGUCUCUGGUGACCAAAUCAACGGAGUGAUUGUAUUUAUAGCCUGUGUUUCAGAACUGCAACCUUCCACAGAGACUGACAAAUGUUCUUUGGUCAAUAUUUGACCCAAUUUUAAAUGGAAACCUGUAAAUAUGUUUUUUCGUUAAUGCAGCUGGAGGGAGGAGCUGAGUCAAGGGAGACAUUUCCAAGACAACAGAUAUCUCUUUUUCUCUCUGUCCAUGUUUGAACCACCAUUCCAUUUGAUGUGUUCAUUACAAUCGGCACAGGUACAGUGUGAACUCUCGCUGCUCUGAGUGUGAGAGUCAGGUUUAAUCAGGGUGGGAACAGGACAGUGUACUGAGUGCUUGCAAUUUUUUUAUACUGUGGCGGAUAUUAGCCUAUUUAAAGACAAGGGGCGAUAUUGGCCAGGGGCUAGGUGGGAGUGAAGGAAGACCAUCUGAGCUAGGAUUAAGCAGGAGAGUAUUUUAUUGAAGUCAGGAUAGGGUAUCCUAAGAGGGGGGCAGAGGUGGGGUGGGGGAAGAUGGUGGUGUGUGUUGGGAGAUUAUGGAAUGUAGUUGGCGAACAGCUUGAGUUCCUGUGCAAGGCUAGUCAGGAUUGAAGGAGAUGCCAGACUCGAACUAAUUUCACCUGAAUCUCUGUUGUGGGGAGGGGCGUCACUGGGAUAGAUGAGACUGUCUCACUUGCUCGCACAAUCAUGCCACCAGUACCCCCUCGUUCCCUGCCUCCGCCUGAAGGCGAAUUCACCUGGUGACCUAAUAUGCUGGUUCUUGGCCAGGAUCAGAGACUUGAGGAGCAGUUCCCUGUGAGGCCGAGGUGAGUUGCUCCUACCAAAGGGAGAAUAGCACAACUGAAAUUUAAUUCUGUGGAAGAUGAUUCGAUUUUGUGCCACAGCUAGCAUUUCAGUUUUCUUGCCUUUUAAAAGUAAGCGUUUGAUGAGAACGUGGGGUUUUAACAGGAGGCCAUUGGGUUUAUUGGCAAGAGUCAGUGCUCUGUGUGCUGGCUGAAAGCAAGUCCCGCCUACACGAUGUCAUGUGAAGGGUGCAGUGUUCUGGAGUCAAAUAGCCCAGUUGUCUACUAACAGACUGAAGAAUGAGGAGUAGAUUCCGUUCCAAGUUGUGGUGAAAGCAGACAACCAUCACCUGCCUUACUGGGUACCACAUUGACACGAAUGGUCACCUCAAUUGAAGGCCAUGUUGUCUUUUAAAUAGCUCAAGGGUGAGAAGGACUUUGUGGAAGAGGUUGCAACAAUCCUGAACCUCAGACAAGAGACUUGAACAGUUCUUUAGCUGCACUGUUCAGCUUCUUGUCAGUUGUCAGCCAAACCCCUCUUUCCCAUUUUCAACAUCCCUUUUUUUUUUCAAUUACCUUGUCUUUUUUAAAAAAUGUAAAAAUAUUCUUACAUAAAUCUUGUACAUGAAAGUCUUUUUGUAUUUAGGGUUUUUUUUUACAGAACUACAGUUGGCGGCUUUCUGUUGAGAGAAACAGAACCUUCUAGAAUGUUUUACAUUUUGAAAUGUGUGAAUAAACUGAACGAAUACAUGUACAUUUUGGGGGGUGGGUGGAAGAAAAAUGAAGAU